AUGGCAACAAGUGCUGCCAGUGCCUUGCGUUCUGCGUAUGAAGCGGCAGGGCAAGGCCAUGUGUUUCGCUUUUUUGAUCGCCUGAGCGAUGUCGAGCGGCAGCAGCUGCUGGCAGACUUAGAAAAAGAGGAUCCUCACGAGCUCCGUCGGCUGCUGCAAGAGGCUUUAAAGACGCUGCAGCUCACAGACGAUUCCCCGCCCAGACAGAUUAAACCGCCACACGCAGUGGAUCUCACACCCCUCUCUACUGCUGACUUUCCGCAGCAGCCGGAGCAGUUGCUAAAUGCAUAUCGGCAGCUGCUCCCCCCUUCAGCUGCCUGUCUUGUAGUGCCCUUACGCGACGCUCCCCAAGCCUUGAGGCAGCAGUGGCGAGACAGAGGCCUCCGCCUCAUCGCGGAAGGAAAAGUCGGCGUGUUGAUCCUCGCGGGAGGAGAUGGCACGCGUCUGAACUUUGAGGGCCCUAAGGGAGCGUUCCCUGUGGCGCCUGUCUCUGGCAGCAGUCUCUUUUGCCUCUUUGCUCAGCGUCUACGUCGCAUCGUUUCUCUGGCAGCUGCUGCAGUAUCCAACAACACCAGCAACACCAGCAACACCAGCAACACCAGCAACACCAGCAACAACACCAGCAACAGCAACAACAACAAUAGGCCCCAUGUGCCCUUGUAUAUCAUGACGAGCGAGACGAACAGAGCGGCAACAGAGGCUGUCUUUGCAGCUUCAGAUUACUUUGGUUUGAACCCUUCGGAUGUUCGUUUCUUCUCGCAGGGAACGAUACCAGCCUUUGACUUGGAGGGGCAUCUCAUGCUGGCAGCCGCUCACCAGCUGAGAAGAACCCCAGACGGCAAUGGAGGCGUUUUUAAGGCACUGCAGAUCAGCGGCAUCCUCGCAGACAUGCAGCAGCGGAAACUCGAAGGCAUUCAGAUUCUUUCUGUUGACAACGCCCUUGCCAAAGUCGCAGAUCCAACGUUCUUCGGAUUCGCAUGCACGAGCGACGCAGACGUGGCAAACAAAGUCGUUGCGAGGCGGUCUGCCCACGAGAAGGUUGGAGUUAUGUGCCAAAUCCUUUCCCAUGGCCCAUGCCUUCUCUCUGAGCAGCAGCAGCAGCGACAACAGCAGCAACAGCAACAGCAACAGCAGCAGCGACAACAGCAGCAACAGCAACAGCAGCAGCGGUGGACUGGAGCAGUUCUUGAGUAUUCUGAGCUGCCAGCGACGAUGUUGCGGGAGAACCCUAGCGAAGCUUCAGGAGCUGCGAGGAAGGACUGGCCCACGGAGUCUGGUGCCUACUGCUACGCCAACGUGUGCAUGCACUACUUCAGCGUCCGCUUCCUGGAGGCUCUCGUGGCGAAUCGCCAAGAUCUCCACGCGCACUAUCACGCGGCGAAGAAGAAGAUUCCAGAGCUGAAACUCCUCGAGAAACCUCCAGAGAAGUCGAGCAGAGGAGCUCCAGCGCAAGGCUUCCUCCUACACGCGCCAGACGCAGGUGACCCUUCGCGGUGGUCUGCUGUAUCCCCGGAUGCGCCGAAUGGAUGGAAGCUCGAACUCUUUGUCUUUGACGCCUUUCCACUAGCGCAGAGAGUCUUGUGUUUGGAAGUCGAUCGAGAUGAAGAGUUUGCACCUGUGAAGUGCAGCGGGCCAGAGGGAAGCCCUGCUGCGGACGCGCUUCCAGCUGCACCUUUGGACGUUGAUGCAAUAGCUGCAGAUACACCCCAAGACGCGCAGGUACGCCUCUCCCGCCUGCAUGCCAAAUGGAUCGCUGCUGCUACCGGCCGUCGCCUGCCUCUCCGUUUCGAGGGCAGCAAACACCUCCUAUGCGAAGUAUCACCGCUGCUAAGUUACGAGGGGGAGGGGCUGGACCCCAAUUGCCUAGAAGGCAAAGACACGAACAAGCCGCUGCUUCUGCAGGUGGGUAAUACAGGUACACAUAUACUGCCCAAGCUUUUGCUUCACGAGCCGUUAAACGCACGUGACCUUGCAGCCUCGAGGAAGAGUGCCCCCUACGAGCCAGCGACCCCACCCCUCUGGAGAGGGCAAAGGCCGCUCGAAUUCCAUAUUCAUACAGACACCGGAGCAGCCAAACAGGCGAGCAGAGAGGGCAUAUCAGCACGACGCGUUUCAACGGGAGGCGUGUGGCUGUAG